AUAAACUUUUCUUAAUGUGUGGUGCCUUGAAGUCUGAGAGCACCUCAAAACUGUUCAAGUUUAAUAACGUCAAAGCUGAGGGCUUCAAUCUAUCUCCACUAAUUAAGAAGACUCUCUGUAAACGUGAACUACAGCUAUUAGCAAGAGGAAGUUAGUACCUUAGAGAUUCAUACGUGACGACUGCUGUAUAUUAUCGUUCUCGCUGAGUUAAAUAAUAGCUGGAAAACUCUGUCGAACUAUUUUCACCCUUAGCUCGAGCUUUAUUCAAGACAGGGUCAAGUCGAAAAAACUUUCGUCUGUGAGACUUAAAUCAAUCGUGUAAGAAGCGGUGAGCUGCUGUUUAGAGGCAAUCAGUCUUAGCACUGAUAUCCCUUGUCUUCGGAUCAAAUUUACUGCGGGUUAAAAUAAGUUCCACCAUGGAAAACAACGGGUCUAAUACUUCGUCAUUUACUUCUACUGCUGCUGUAAGUGAUCAAGAAGUCGGCGAUAAAGUUGUCGUCACAUCAGCGUAUGCCAUUAUCUUUCCUGUGGCCCUGUUCGGGAAUCUUCUAGCGAUUUACAUUGUAAUAAGUAAAAGAUACAUGCGAUCUGUUACCAACCUUCUUCUGGUGAAUAUGUUCGUUGGGAACCUUUUGGUAGCUUGCGUCGUUAUGCCAUACUCUGUGUCCUUUCUCUUUGUCGAGAGCCGCUGGUUUGGUGGAGGAUUCGGGAGCUUCACUUGUAAAUUUGUUCACUUCGCCUACGCCUUGCCCAUAGCUGCCUCCAUAUUUGCUCUACUUCUUUCCUCGGUUGAUCGUUAUUUCGCUGUAAUUUAUCCAUUCAGUCAACUUCACUUCAUUCGGAACGCGAAGGCAAGUACUGCUAUGAUCUGGAUUCUGUCGUUUUGUUUCAUCUCUCCAUAUUUAUGGUCAUUCAAAGUUCUUGAAGGAGACGGUCUUCACUUCUGUGUCCCUGAUUGGACUCCCUUGGACCCUAUCGAAUCACCCAAGAUCUACUUCUCGAUACUCUUUGUUGCCUUAUAUUUUGUUCCUCUUGCUAUUAUGUCCACUCUGUACUUAAUGAUUGGUCUCAAGCUGUGGAAGCGGAAGAUACCGGGAAACGCCAUUCGCAAUACCAAACGAGCUGCUGAAAUUGCCAAAAAGAAGGUGGUGAAGAUGCUAAUAAUAGUAGUAGUUGUGUUCGCGUUGUCAUGGAUUCCAACACAUUCCAUGCAUGUGCUCAUUUUCUUCGUCUCUGAAAGAUACGCAGCCCUCCCAUUGAUUCUUAAAGGUCUAGCAUUUUGGAUCUGUCAUGCCAACAGCGCCAUUUCGCCCUGCUUAUUUUUGGUUCUCAGUGAGAAGUACCGUAGUGGACUUGUGGCGAUCUUCAGGAGAAGAUUCCCCCGUAGCGAUAAAGUCAACUUGAGCGUCGGCACCAGAUCUUUUCGCUUUAAUUCAUUCAGCCGAAAUAGCGCUACAAGGUACAACAGAUCAAGCGGUAAGAAAGACAAUGAAACUACACUGCUCUAAAACUUUUAAAUACGUUGCUUUAUCUGUUGAAUUAAAACGUUACAAGACGUUGUGAGCUAUCUUCUGCUCUUCUUCUGUUGUCUGAUGUUGUAAGGAAAGAGAGAGAAUGACUAGGUGUAGGGAGCUGGACGCGCAGGCAGGGAGAACGGACUGGAAGUGUUCAGUAUAGAUCUAUCUUAGUUUAUCUUAGAUAUUUCUUAGUUCAAGCAAAAAAUAAUAAUAGCAUUUUGCUGAUUUUGAUUUCAGCAUAUGGGUAGGUCUGUUCGCAUACCUAGAAUAUUUGUUAACACUCUUAGACGUCUAGAUAUAGAAGCUAAGUAUUGUAGGCUGCCAUAUUGCUUAGUGCAAGAACCAAAUUAUACUUUAGCAUGAGUGUAGUCACGGUAGCCGUGUCGGAUGGCAGGAACGACCAUUUCACAUUUCAUUUCACAAGAAUUCAAUCUCUUCAGAGUACUAAGAUAUUCUAUUGUUCUGCUAUCUAACAUGGCCGCUGGCAAGUGAUCGCAGAAAACACCCUAUAUCUGAUAUGAAUCAUUCCAGCCGGCAGUGAAGAAUUUGGUAACCACCUUAAUUAUUUUCACAGAAAUCUCGCUAAAAGCCAAAGAUAGAAAGGAAAUGUUUUGAUUUAGUUUGGCUCAUUUUUGGUUAGUUGGAUUAAAUUUUCUUACGGUUCCAUGCCGGCUCACCACAGGAUACCCAAGGCGGCAUUCUACGAAUAUAUUAUAUUGCUAUAUACAUUACACUUUCCUAAGUUAUAAGAUUUGAUUAAUAGAUACAAUGACAAUAGCUCGAUCAAUAAUAAGAACAGCUAACGAAUCAAAAUAUAGAUGGAAUCCUUUAAAUUUAAAAAAUGUUUUGAAAGAUUUCCAGGAUACCAAAUGAAAAAAAAAACGUUGCUUAUACGCGCUUAAUAACAGUGACACAACAAUUCACGAUUUUUUUUAUAGCAAUGAUGGUCAUGUCUUUAUUUUUCGCUGGUCAAUUUUUGGCAGCUUCAUGACACCUCAGUACUUACAGUACUUGACGUCAUUUCUACGUCACUAUUUCAGAUCAGCUGGAAUGGCCGCCAUGUUGAUCGUUGAUAUGAUAAAAAGGACUAAUGAAAAAAAAUUCAACACAGUCAACACAACAAUUAAAAUGUAAGAGUAACGAAUCCAAGACACAAGGUUCCCUAUUUUUAACUUGACAAAUUGGUAUUUAAAAUUAUUAAAGAUGGUGGUUAUCAUACUAAUUAAAAAUCAAUUUAUAAUACUAAUGGAUUUUAAAAAUGAAAUCAAAGAAAAGGUCGCCUUGUUGGUUAACAUAACAAAAGAGACGGAUAAAUUUUUUGUUAAAUUAUAAAAUGGUAGCUUUAAAAAACAUCAAUACUAUACUUUGUACAUACGUAACAUUCGUCUUAACAUUUAGAGCCCUUUGCAUAAACAGGGUACAAGAAACUGAUAAAGUACUUUGGGGCUGAUAAAGUACAGCCCAAUGGGUAUUCUGAUAACCAUUUUUACACAAGUGAAUAUAAUAAAUCAGGUACGCUUGCUCAUUGGUUACAUUUUACGCCUUAUGAUGUCGUAUAUUCACCUACAGCUGAAUAUAACGCGAACGCGAACGCGCACAAUCGUUUGUCGAUUUGUGCUGCUUGCAGAGAUAAAUAAAAUGUAAACAUAAAAACUCUCUCUGUGUUAUUUAUUAAUUUCACUUGUGUUGAAAAUGCUAAAACAAUUAUUCUGGCCUCGGUAAAUAUUUCCCUAUAUUCAUGGUAUUGAUAAGCUCGCUGGAAAAUCUUCACAAAAAACCGUGUGGCAAAUGGCGCUUGUUUAGUCGAUGUUCGAGUUCCUCUGGCAUGACUGCGGCAUAAACCUACAGUGACAUACUACAGCUGUCCACGGUUUCUAGAUGAGCUGGCUCAUUUUUUCGCGACUUGAAGUUGUGAAAGGUCCAUUGGCCCUCUUCUUCAGUCUUUUCAUCUAAGGAUCGUAAUUUACCUAUUGCGCAUGUUCUUAUUUGAUAUCUGAGCCCAUCCCACACGGCUUACUUCCUCAUCAAUCUAGUACUACCUUUUCGUGGGAUUGCCAGCUUAUUAAAUAUACCGUGCUGACGAAGCCCAAUUCAGGCCGAUUCAGUUGAGCUGGUUCAUUUUACGCGACUUGAAGUUGUAAAAGGUCCAUUGGCCCUCUUCUUCAGUGGGUUCAUACAAGGCUCGUAAUUUACCUAUUACGCAUGUUCUUAUUUGAUAAAAGAGCCCUUCGCACACAGUACUGCCUCAUCUAUCUCAGUACUACAGUGACAUAACCAAUCACUGAUAAAGAUUUGAAGAGGAGUAGCUAAUCAGAAUCGAGGACUGUUGUUAUAUUUCAUUCGUUGCUUUAUUUGACUAAAGCUAUAUAUUUAUUAGUGUAGCAGAUGAACUUUAUUUUAGUUCACAAUCAAAUUCAUAUAACCAAAUAUUCAGUGAAUUUCAAUAUGGAAAUCAUAAAUUAUGGGAUACUAAACUCUAGUAGUCCCCUUCCUGAGGGCCUACUAGAUUUGAGAUUGUUUUAUGAUUGUUUAGGUUUGUCGUAAUCCAGAUGGGCCGUGAAUCGUUCCACAUGGUUGGUGAUCAAUGUCCCAAUCCCUAAAAAGUCCAAAAUAGAGAAACUGGCAAAGAAGGCUUAUGGAAUAGGUUGGUUGAUAGUUUCACACAGCAGCACGUCUACCAAUGAGGGUGUACAAAAAAAAACUAUUACAUCCCAUAAUUUCUGAUUUUCUUUAUUUCAUUACUAAGAAAAUGUAGAAAUAGGUAUAAAUAUCAUGUUAUCAUAAUUAAUUGAAUAAAAAAAUUAAACCU